GAUUCCAAACAUUGCAGGUUGAAAAGAGUAAACACUGGGAUACGUACACAGAAAUAAUGAAUUCCUAACUCCAGUUUUUCAUGUGUCUACUCUUCCAUAGUAUACUGACCUGGUUUGUUUUGGGAAAAAGGUGAUCAGAUUAUUAAAUCAUGAAAAACAUGAGGUGUGGUGUCCUGCGCGUCACCGUAUUGUUUCCAAGUUCGCCGUGUUAAUUCUUUUUUUCACACUUUGUUUUCUGGAUGAACUUCCUAAUGGUGGAAUUAUUUUUAAUGAAGCAAAAAUUUUCAGUGCUGGAAGCAGUAAAAAGUAGCAUCUCCCAGGAUGUAGCACAAUAACAAACUGCAUUGGACGUGACUGUUUUCUGCAAUUUCCUUGUUUUUUCAAGGAUUAUAGUUCAAGUAUUUCGAUACAGAUUUAGCAGGAAUUUCGCAUACUAUCAAUAAGUUAAUUUUACUACAGAGAUGAUAUUGGAACUAGAGAGUUACGAUGCGCCUCCUGGUGCUGAAAAGCAGUACGUUGUGAAAAUAGAAGAUCUGGAACACUAUGUAAAGAACAUGACAAAAACAGGCGGAUUUAAAGAGCAAUAUGAGAUGCUGAGCUCAGACCAACAAAGGCCGUGGAAUGUUGGCAUGAAACCAGAAAACAAGCAGAAAAACAGAUAUCCAGAUCUGUUGCCUUAUGAUGAAACCCGAGUUGUUUUGCAACCAUACAAAAACGAUCCACAUUCAGAUUACAUCAAUGCAAGCUACAUAGAGAGCUAUAACAGAAGCGUUCGUUACAUCUGCACGCAAGGGCCAUUAGAAAACACCAUAGGAGAUUUUUGGCGAAUGAUAUGGCAAGAAGAUGUUAAUGUCAUCGCCAUGACAGCGAAUAUUAUUGAAAAUGGAAAAAAAAAGUGUGAGAAAUACUGGCCAGACAAGGUUUUAAAAGCUGCUGAUAUCAUCAUAACGCUACAGAAUGAAAAAGUUUUCCUUGAUUACACAGUUCGGAACUUCAAGCUGGUGAAAGUUGGGGUUUCAGGCCAUCGUGUAGUUCGGCAGUACCAAUACACUGCAUGGCCCGAUCACGGUGUUCCCGCCUAUCCUUUAUCUGUUAUUUAUAUGCUGAAAAAUAUAAAAAGUUUUCAAGAAAGCCAGCUUAAAAAAACGCCCUGGGUGCUCCAUUGCAGUGCUGGUAUUGGACGAACUGGUACAGUUAUGUUAUUAGAUUCGGCCCUGGAAAUGUCUUUGGCUGAAGGAAAAGUAGACGUGUUAGGACUACUGUACAGAAUGAGACAGCAAAGAGUGAAUCUCAUUGAGACUGUAGAGCAAUAUACUUUUGUGUAUAAGGGAUUGGUGGAGUAUCAUUUUGGUGACAUUUCAUGCAAACCUGCAAAUGAAAUGGUUUUGUAUUUCAACAAGUUACGGCAAACUGAUGCAGAAACGAAGAAAACAGGCUUAGAGCUUCAAUUUACGAAACUGAGGAGUUUAGAUCCUCCUUUCUUUCAACAAAAAUGCUUAACUGCAAUUACUCCUGGAAAUAAAGACAAGAACAGAGAUCCUUACAUUAUACCACCCGAUGAUGGGCGUCCAAUUUUAAAAACUAGUCCUCCAUCAAAUUACAUCAAUGCAGUCUUUGCCUAUGAUUAUGGCAAGCUGAAUAAUUUUGUCGUCACACAGUACCCUCUUCCAAAUACUUUAGCAGAUUUCUGGCAGCUGGUUUGGGAUACCUCUUCCUGCACAAUUGUUGUCCUCAAUGAAAUCAGUAAUAAAGACCAGAACUGUCCUGUUUUUUGGCCGUCUUCGGGCAGCUUGUACCAUGGCAGCAUUAAAAUUGAACAUGUAACUUCCGAAAAUGAAUAUUAUGGAGGAGUACUUAUUCGAAAAUUUAGAAUUAAAAAUCCUAAAGGGAAACACCGAACAAUAAAGACGUUCCACUUACAUGGUUGGAGAAGAGAAGAAUUCGUUCCUCCGCAAGUGGAUACUAUAGUUCAACUAAUAGCAAAAGUUGACAAAUGGUCUCGUAAAAACAAGCCUGUACCUGUCAUUGUUACUUGUUAUGACGGUUGCAGGGCGUCAGGAUUUUACUGCGCUGCUUCUUUCCUAGUUGGCCAAAUUCAUGACACUAGGCAAGCGGAUGUAGUGCAAGCUGUACGAACAGUGCGAUUACAUAGGCCAGCUUUCAUACCCACCGUGGAGCAAUACAGGUGGCUUUAUGAAUUCGCUUGUUUCUUGGUGUCAGAAAAAAUUUUAAAAUAAAUUUGACUUUCUGAUGGUAUUCGAGACGUUGUAACAGUGCUUUUAUCUCAUUGAGCUUCCAGUAUUAUGCAUGUUGUACAUCUGCCGAUAGUUGACAAAUGAAGAAAAUAUCUUAUUGUUUGUUUUUAUGAAUUUUAUAGCCCAUAUUGUAAUAAACUAAUUUGUCAUAAUCUAUUUCA